AUGUACAACCCCUAUCAACAGCAGCAACAACAACCGCAGGGCAUUGGAUUCAAUCCGCAGCAAACCGGCUAUGGCGGAGCCUAUGCCUUUCAACCACCACCACCAAUGCAACAACAACCUCAAAUGGGUUAUGGACAACAACAAAUGUAUCAACCACCUCAAUUGCAAAAUCAAGCUACUGGAUUCAUCCCGCAGCAACCAUCGCUUUAUUCAACUGGAUUCCAACAACAACAACAACCAACCCAAUCAUUUGCUCCUCCACCUUCACUUCAACCCCAACAAACUGGAUAUAUCCAAACUCAACCAACCGGAUUUGGAGGAAUGGCACCUACAGUUAUUGAAAACAGUGAAUUAAAGAUUCCAAAUAUGAGAUUAUCAUUCAUUACUGCUGAAGAUCAAAAGAAGUUCGAACAUUUAUUUAGAACUGCCGUACCAAAAGGAGAACUGGCAAUUGGUGGAGAUGCUGCCAGUAAUAUCUUACUAAGAUCAGGAUUACCACCAGUGACAUUGGCUGAGAUUUGGGCAUUAUCGGAUCUUGAUAAUACUGGAACUCUCUUAUUUCCUGAAUUUGCAUUAAGUUUACAUUUAUGUAGUAUGGCGAAACAAGGUGAAUCAAUUCCAAGAGUCCUUCCUGAAAAAUGGAGAAAUGAAGUUAAUAGUUUUAUUGAAACGAUUAAUUUUACCGUUCCUGAUGAUCCUGCGAAAUUAUUAGCCGGUACUCCAUUUGCAAAACUUGCUCCUGCUAAGACUCAAGUGGAUGAUGAUUGGAUGAAUGCUCCUGCAAAUGCGUUCAGUGGUAUUGCUCCUGCUGCGCCACCUUCAACUUCAUUUCAAUCCCAACUUACUGGUUUUGGUGCACCUCAAUUGGCUUCUCAAAGAACUGGUCCAUUGGCUAUGCAACAACAACAACCACCAACUUCAUUUGGAGCAUUGACUGCGCAAAGAACGGGAGGCGGGACUUUGAUUCCAUUACAACCUCAACAAACAGCAGGUUUGAUUCCAACUCAAAGAACAGGAGGACUUUCUGCACAAUUGACUGGAUUUAAUCAACAACAACCACAGCAACAAAUGCAACAACAACCUCAAAUUCAACAGCAAAUGCAACAACAAAUCCCAGCUCAACGUACUGGUGGAUUUGUUCCUCAACAAACUACUGGAUAUCAACCACAAUUGGUAUCCCAACAAACUGGUCCAUUACAAGCUCAACCUACAGGAAGACCAGGUGAAUGGGGAUUUGUAUCAAUGCCAACUGGAGGUAUCCCUGGUUUAAAUGCCAUGCAACAGCAUUUCUUACCUAAUGCCCAAUUACCAUCUCAAAAUUUACAAAGUGCCAUGGAUAGUUCAUUGAAAUCAAAUGUUACCUGGGCCAUCACCAAACAAGAAAAACAAAUCUAUGAUGCACUUUUCCAAGCCUGGGACACCAAGAAGAGAGGAUAUAUUGAAGGAGAUGUCGCUCUUGGAAUUUUUACCAAGUCUGGAUUAGCUAGACCUGAUUUAGAAUCGAUCUGGACAUUGGCUGAUACCAAUGAUAGUGGAAGAUUAAAUAGGGAUGAAUUUGCCGUGGCUAUGCAUUUGGUAUAUAGAAGAUUAAAUGGAUAUGAUUUGCCUUUGAGAUUACCUCCUGAAUUGGUUCCUCCUUCUGAUAGAUACUUACAGGAUUCGAUGGAAACGUUGAAGAAUUCUUUGAAAAGUGGUGCGGGGAAUAAGAAGGUUGCUCCACCAAAACCACAGACUAAACCUGAUGGAACUAGAUUUAAGUAUGAUGAUGGUAAUUUUGGAUAUGUUUCCAAUGCUCGUCAUAGAAGAAGAAGUGAAGCUGAAAGUACAACUUCCAAUAAUAAUAAUUCUAGAGGUUCAUUGAAAACUUCCAAGGAUGCAGAUUUGACUAUUGAUGAUAUGAAGAAGUUGAUUCGUGAGAAGAAGAUUUUGUUAGAUGCGAUGGAUAUUGAGGAUCAAGAUUCACAAUUAUCGAGAAAUACUAGUCAACAAGCACAAGAAAUUGAAGGUUUGAAAAGGAAGAUUAUGGAUGUUCAAACGAAAUUAGUAGAACAAGGAGUGGGUAAUGGUUCAUUAGAUGAAAGAAAACAAUUAUUAGAAAAAUUGGAUUCUCUUACUAGGGAUAAAGUUCCAUCAUUAAUUUCCGAUAUUCAUAAAGUUAAUGAAGAAAUUGCCAGGGCUAAAGUUGAACUCACAAAAUUGCAAUUAAAGAAACAAAAUCCUGCCUGGGAACCUCAAGAUGAUGAAUCACAAAUUAAAGGUACGGGUCCAAAUGGUGAAGUUACUGAAUAUGAUAGAAAGAAAUUCCAUGCUAAACAAAAAGUAAAACAAAGAAUGGCGGCUCUUACUGGUAGAUUCACAGGUUCAAGUGGUGAUAAUGCUGAUUUAGAUUUACAAUUGAAAAAUGCCACUGAAAAGGCUCAUGCUGAAAGUAAGAAUCAAUCUGAUAUGGUUAAGGAUAUUGAAUCUGGAAUUAAGGAAUUAGAAGAUGAAUGUGCUUCGAAAUUGAGAGUUACUGUUAAGGAAGAUGCGGGAUCGGAUAAGUGGGAAAAAGGAUUGAAUGUAUCUGAUGAAGUAGCUAAGUUUGUGAAAGAAUUGGAAUCAUUCUCAAGCAGUCAAAAGCGUAAUAUCGCUAAGACCCAACAACAACAACAAGUUCAACAACAGUCGCAACCUGUCAAGUCUACUAGCUCCGCUUCUCCAGAAGCUCCAAAGGAAAAGUAUACCACUCCUGAAGAAAGGGCUGCUUAUAUUAAGGCUCAAGCUGAGAAGAGAAUGAAUGAAAGAUUGGCCAAGCUUGGUAUAACAAGACAUAGAAGUUCAAGUACUAUUGAAACUAAGGCAUCUCCUCAACUGUCACCAGAGAUUGAAAAGAAAGAAGAACCAAAAGUUGAACCAAAAGUUGAACCAAAAGCUGAGGAACCAAAGCAACAAGAAAAAUCUAUUCCACCAAAGGUUGAACCAAAACAAGAAGAAAGAUCUGUUCCACCAAAGGUUGAAAGGAANCCACCAAAGGUUGAACCAAAACAAGAAGAAAGAUCUGUUCCACCAAAGGUUGAAAGGAAAGCAGCUCCACCUCCACCUCCACCUACUGCAACUACACAAGAAUCAUCUUCUGAUGAAGAAGAUGAUGAAGAAUAUGCAGCCAUGUUGAAACAAAAACAAGAAAUGGAGGCUCGUGAAAGAGAGAGAAAAUUACGUAAGAAACAACAAAAGGAAGAAAGAUUGGCUAAACUUAAGAGAGAAAUGGAAGAAUUGAAAAAGAGACAAGAAGAGAGUGAUGAAGAAGAAGAAGAACCAGUGAAGAGUGCACCUACAGUUGUAGCUGGACAAGUCAAGAAGGAAGAACCCCCAAAGGCUACACCUCCUCCUCAAGAAGCUCCUCAACCAAAAGAAGCACCUAUUCAAGAACCUGUUGCAACCAAGCCACAUGAUAGUAACCCAUUUGCAAAGAAUGUCCAAGCACAAGCAAAAUCAGCAACUGGCACUGGUAAUAAUCCAUUCUUCAAACCAACCAACACUGGACCUUCAGUUGAUCCUAAGAAAGCGGCAGAACAACGUAAAUCUCAAAGAGGUAUGGCAAGUAGUAGUGGAUGGAGUGAUUCGGAAGAUGAAGAGAGUGAAGAUGAAAAUCCAGGACGUGCAGGUGCUGCUCAAUUAGCUAGUCUUUUAUUUGGAGGAAUGUCACAACCACCUACCAGAUCUGAUUCUAAUCUUGCAAGUUCAACAACUGCCAGUCCAGCUGCUGUGCCUGCUCCACCACCACAACAAGAAGCAAAGGAAGCUGAUCAGGAUUUGAAUGUCCCAUCUGCUGGUUCUAGUAAGUUUGGUACUCCAUCAUAUGAGGCUCCUCCUUCAGCAGCUGAACCAAGUGUUGAAUCUCAAUCAGAUAGUGUUCCUCCACCACCACCUCCUACAGAUAAUGCUCCCCCACCACCGCCGCCUCCACCUCCUGUAGUAGAUGUUCCACCAGUUCCUCCAGCAUUUGAUGCUCCUCCACCUCCUCCACCAACAUCUGAAGCUCCUCCACCUCCUCCUCCAUCUUCUGAUGUUCCUCCCCCUCCACCACCUCCACCACCAUCAUUUGAUGCUCCUCCACCUCCACCUCCACCAUCAUUUGAUGCUCCUCCUCCUCCACCUCCUACUUUUGAUGCUCCUCCACCACCUCCACCUCCACCACCACCUCCAACAUUUGGGGCGCCCGCUCCUCCACCACCUCCUCCACCUGGUCCUCCACCUCCACCAUUUGGAGGUAAUUCCGCAGCCGCUCCUCCAACAGGUGGUGCACCAAACAUCGGAGCAUUAUUGACACAAAUCACUGGUGGUGCAAGUUUAAGAAAAGUUCAAACUAAGGAAGUUUCAGGUGCUUCUGUUGGUCGUGUUUUAUGA